CCAAAAUGCCACCAGGAACCUUGAAGCGCACGAGCACAAACGACCGUGACAUAUCCCCACCGCCAGCGAAGCGAAAAGUCGCUGCAACGACAACGAACAAAGCGGUAGCGAACUUCUUCAAACCUGCAUCAGCCAAGGAACCAGAAAAAAUCACAUUCCACACGAUCAAGAAUAGCCUUCUCGUAGGACGAUGCGAAGGAGCGACUUCAAUACCUCGACCUCAACCGAUCAAAGUCGCCGCCUUCGACUUCGAUGAUACUCUGGUCAAGACGAAAUCUGGCAAGGCGUUCUCCCUCGGUCCCGAUGACUGGCAGUGGUGGCACGCCAGCGUACCUGCGAAGCUGAAGCAGCUGCAUGCAGACGGCCACGCGAUCAUCGUAGUCAGCAACCAAAGCGGCAUCAGCCUCGCGCCAGACCCUAAAACCGGAGGUGACAUGAAAGCGCUCAGCAAUUUCAAAGGCAAAAUCACCGCAGUGUUUCGUUCCUUGGAUCUUCCCAUUACGCUGUACGCCGCGACGGAAAAGGACUUGUACCGCAAACCCCGCACGGGCAUGUGGGAGCAGAUGCUCAAGGACUAUGGACUUGAGGAUCAUGCGGGGUCACUGGUUCACGAGAGCUGCGUUUUUGUUGGGGACGCUGCAGGACGAGAAGGGGACAAAGUCGCCAAAAUCCGCAAGGAUCACUCAUGCUCGGACCGGGAUUUUGCUGCAAAUGUUGGGAUACCGUUCCAGACACCCGAGGAGUACUUUCUAGGUGAGGCUGCGAAACCCUUUGUCAGGAGCUUUGAGCCGUCCGGGUAUGUGGCGCAACCUCUGGACUCGCAGACGGAGGUGACACCUAUUGUCUUCACGAAGAAGAACGACCUUGACAUUGUCCUAUUCUGUGGGAGUCCAGGGGCCGGCAAGUCCACAUUCUACUGGCAAAACAUGAAGCCUCUAGGCUACGAGCGCGUCAAUCAGGACAUUCUCAAAACGCGAGAUCGAUGUCUCAAAGUCGCGACGGAGUGUAUCCAAGACAAGAAAUCCGUGGUAGUGGACAACACCAACGCCGACAUCGAAACUCGCUCCGCAUGGCUCAGACUCGCCGCCAAACUCCACGUGCCAUGCCGUCUUGUCCACUUCACCUCGUCCGCGAAACUCUGCGAGCACAACGAUACCGUCCGAGCGCUCUCCAAUGGUCUGAUGAACCCGGAAAACCGCCAAUUGCUCCCCAAGAUGGCGUUCACGAGUUUCGCGAGCAGGUUCCGACGACCGACUCUGGAGGAAGGGUUCCAGGAUAUCACGAGCGUGGACUUUCGCUUGAGGGGUACGGAAGAGGAGAAGGCGUUGUGGGGGAGGUAUUGGAUCAAUUGA